AUGCACACCAGAACAUCACCCACCGUCACCUAAAUACACUAUAUUUCGUCCCUAUUUACCAAAUGUCAUGAAUUCAAUAUCCAAUCGAAAUUGGCUUCUUCUACACUGGCCCCUGACACCCAUGACCUCUUUAGACUGUCCACCGACAAUCUGAUUGUCAGAGAUCAUUCAUGUAACCUAUCUAACAAGAGGAUAAGGAGGAGCGGAGAACUGUCACAUCUCAUUGUACAGAUUAGACUAGAUUAUAAAACCAGCUCCUCCAGUAGACCUGUCCCAUUGCAGGUGUUGGUGGGCAUCUACAAGAAACCGCGCGCUGUAUAAUACACGCAACGACCGUGCAAAUAAGUGAAGAGCAAACCUUAUCGCCGAUUUUUUUUGUAUUGUUUUGGAUUUAGAGUGGUUUACGCACGGUUUCUUCGGCGUUUGUCAAACUCAUUUUAAAAUUAGGUAUUCUCAAUUGUUAGCCUAAUAAUAUAAAUUGUAUGUUUAUCAGGAGACCCUGGAGGCAGAUAUUCUGUCGAAACUAUUUUGGAACGCAGAGGCGAGAGCUCAGCAACGAUGGAUAACUGACUUUUUUACGCGCGUCCGCAUCUCCUACGAUGUUCCCGAGAACGCCGUUUUUGGACCGUAUGAGCUGAAACACACAUCCGUUUAUGACAGCAUCGCCUUCACUGCUCUCAAGUCUAUGGACCGAAGAACGGCACCAUACAUUUUGAGGAGACCCGUUUCUAUUUGGCUACACAGGCAGACGCCUCAGCGCAUUGAUGGUCCAAUGUGGCUGCGGCUGGUCCAGUCAGCCUGGAGCGCUGAAGAACAGAACCUGGAGCACUAUGUGAAGAACGGACACCUAUUCUUUAGGGCCCUCAGGACGAUCCAGAAGGAAGAGGAGCGGUUGGUGUGGUACGGGAAAGACCUGGCCAAGCUUCUUCUCCUAAACCCACUGCAGAUACAAAGCAAAGGUACUGGUCUGUACACAUGUGCCAACUGUAACCAAUGCUUUGAGACUGAGUUCUGCACACAGAGACAACCAAACAGCCACAGCACCAAACCUGGUCAAGGCAACACUGACCAUGUGAAACCUGACUCCCUUCCUGCUGCUGCCUUCAAACAGAGCCGUCCAGAAACAAUUCCACUGGAUAGCAAACCUGCAACAGACUUCCAUAACUUAGCCCGGGAUAUGGAUAAUAUUAAGACAGGGUCUUCCAGCACCAGGGACUCUGAGACUAGAGGUUCCCUCAUAGGGAAACACACAGAGGUAGAGGACAGGUGCAGUGAGCCAGCAUCUGGUGAUAACGCAGGAUCCACUGGACACAGGAUACUGUACUUUGACCAUGAAAAGACAACCCAGCCCAGUCUCCUGUCACCUGUCCAGUAACAUCAACAUGAACAACAUCACCAAAGACAGAGCAACCCAACUACACUUACAAGGUUCUGGGCCUGAAGACCUCAGAUCUUCAUCCAGCCUAAGGAACCAGAGCAUCCAGCCCGGUAGUGGCCUAGUAGAGCCUCAGAGAGACCCAAAGAAAACAAAGACAGAAACACUACGGUCUCCAUCUCACUCAGAGGAGUUGUCUUCUUUCACUGACUCUGAUACUGUCACCUCUGCCUUCAGCCAGGUCUCUGUCUGAGAACAGGAGGAGUGCCUUCUCCCAGCCCCCCAUGCUCUGUUUUCUUUCUCCAGACUACCCCCCUGCUUGGGAGGGCUUAAACCUCAAUCACUCCCUUUACUACUGAUCUCCACCGACCGGUGCUGGCCCAGGGUGUUUCGAAACAGAGGCGCCCUCUAUACAGCCCAGCAGCUCUCUGGACCAGGACCACAGGCUGAUCCCACCCCCAGAUUACCCUAUCCCCGGUGCUCCUGUCCCUCUCCGUCUCACGGCUCUCGCCCCUCUGCCUGAUGGCUCAGAACUGGUGUGCCAAAUGCAACGUCUCCUUCCGCCUGACCUCAGACCUGGUGCAACAAUGAGGUCCCACCACAAGAGGGCGGUGGACGCCACAGAGUCAGGGUCUGGGGUGAAACAACAGCAGCAAGGGCGAGAGAGGAGAGGCUCAAGUCUUGCAUCUACGAGGUCUUCAGACAACGCCAUCACCUUGCGGGACACUUGACCUCUCACACAUGAGUUCAGUUCAAUUAGUUAUCAUUGGUAAGAUCUUGAUAUUUUAAUGCGUCAUCAUAUUGAUGAAGAUACUAAUUGGAGAACUAAUAAAACAAACUGUUAAUUAUUAUAAUGUAAAUUAUCAAGACGAUGACAUUUUAUAGUUACAUUUUCUCAGAAUUCUGUAAAAUGUGUCAUUUUUUGAAUGCCAUAUAUUUUUCCAUUCUUUUACAUCAAAUGCUUGUGUU